UCUCGCGGGCUGCAGGACUUGAUCUGAAGAGCUCCGUCAGUCCCAGAGGAGACCUGCUGGAUCUGAGAGACCAGGACCAAGAGCGGGAUGGAGGAGGACAACCAGGACCCGGAGCCCCGGAGCAACAACGUCCCCGGAGGACAAACAGCAGGCUCGAGCUCUGAUAGCACCGAUGUUCAGAGAAGGAGAGGAAGAAAUGGACUCAAACGUCACCGCUGUCAGCACUGUGACAAAUCCUUCACAACAUCUGGAUAUUUGAAGAUUCAUCAGAGAGUUCACGCUGGAGAGAAACUGCACAGCUGUGACCAGUGUGGGAAAACUUUUACUCAAUCAGGUGACCUUAAAAUCCACCAACGUGUUCACACUGGAGAGAAACGUCACUGGUGUAAACAGUGUGGAAAAACUUUUGCUCAGUCAGGUACCCUAAAAAUCCACCAACGUGUUCACACUGGAGAGAAACUGUACAGCUGUGACCAGUGUGGGAAAUCUUUCAGUCAAUCAGGUGUCCUAAAAAUCCACCAACGUAUUCACUCUGGAGAGAAACUGUACAGCUGUGACCAGUGUGGGAAAUCUUUCACUACAUCUGGUGCCCUAAAAAUCCACCAACGUGUUCACACUGGAGAGAAACGGUACUGGUGUGAACAGUGUGGAAUAACUUUUGCUCGAUCAGAUUCCCUAAAAGUCCACCAACGUGUUCACAAUGGAGAGAAACCGUACUGGUGUGAACACUGUGGAAAAACAUUUGCUCGUUCAGGUACCCUAAAUAUCCACCAACGUGUUCACAAUGGAGAGAAACCGUACUGGUGUGAACAGUGUGGAAAAUCUUUUGCUCAGUCAGGUACCUUAAAAAUUCACCAACGUGUUCACACUGGAGAGAAACUGUACAGCUGUGAUCAGUGUGGGAAAGCUUUCACUCAAUCAGGUGACCUAAAAAUCCACCAACGUGUUCACACUGGAGAGAAACUGUACAGCUGUGAUCAGUGUGGGAAAUCUUUCACUACAUCUUGUGCCCUAAAAGUCCACCAGCGUAUUCACACUGGAGAGAAAUGGUACUGGUGUGAACAGUGUGGAACAAAGUUUGCUCAAUUAAGUUCCCUAAAAAUCCACCAACGUGUUCACACCGGAGAUAAACCAUACUGGUGUGAACAGUGUGGAAAAACUUUUUCUCAAUUAGGUACCCUAAAUAUCCACCAACGUGUUCACACUGGACAGAAACCGUACUGGUGUGAACAGUGUGGAAAAACUUUUGCUCAAUCAGGUACCCUAAAAAUUCACCAACGUGUUCACACUGAGAUAAACCAUAGCUGUGGCCAAUGUGGCAAAUCUUAUACCAACAGGAGAACCCUUAAAAGACACAAAUGCAUUGACAAAGCAUCAUUGUGACAUUUUUCCCAGUGCCAAGCUAGCUGUUUCCUCCUGCCCUGAAUACAACCACCUGUUAUCAUGUGACGGUGCUGGACUAAUGUCAUGUGGUGACAGCUUAGAAAGUUUGAUUUGGAAAGAGCUGGAAAGCAUUACAACAGCGAAUUAAAUUGCAGUAGCCAGGUUACAACCAGUAGAGGGCAGUCUCUGCAUUUUUGUAGCACUAUACAUAGAAUAGUUUACAGUAAAAUAUUCAGAUUUGGACCUGAAUCCAUCAACAACACUACUAAAUACCCAUACACAUUGGUAAUCAGGUGAAAUAAGAAGUUUGGGGGUUAAGUGACUCUAAGAAGACCAUGGGAUGUGGUCAAAAGCUAAAACAAAGAGGUAGUGAGGCUUGUGUUCAGACUCCUUUAUUAUAGAUGCAGUGUUUACCACACAUUGAUUUAUUUGUGGCGGUCCGCCACCAUAUCAACACUGACCGCCACGUAUAGAUUUUUUUUUUUUACUAGGAGUAUUCGCGCAGCACCUCCACUCGCUCCCUCGCUCUCGCUCUCAUGAACACCGUUGCACAAAUCUGUCUCAAACAACUCUGUCAAUGUCAGAGACCCAGCUUGAAUGAAGUUAUUAGUAAACAUGUAAAGAGCUUGGUUAAUACGGAGAGCUAUAUUAACAUUUGAAUAUAGCGGGGUUGUCGAUGUUCGCACGC